AUGGACAAUACGCCAGCGACUACCAUUAGCAAAACCACAACCGAUCCUUCCGCCGGUCCAUCCUCUGACUUCUUAGAGCCAAAGUCAGAUGUCAGCAGCAUCCCGCAGCGCCGCUCUUCGGUCGGCAAGAUGGUCGACGCGAUCAAAAAGCCGUUCCACAAGGGGAAGAAAGAGGAAGAUGUGCCUCCGGCGCUGAAGGAGAAUAUUGAACGCAUGGAGCAGAGGAAGCAGGACCGGAUAGUGGAGAUGCAGAAGGAGGGGUUGGAUACGAGUAUGCUUGAGGGAAGUACGACGGGGAGGUUGAGGCAGACGCUGAGAUAG